AUGUUUGCCUAACAUUUAAAAAUUAAAAAUUUGGAUUAAACACCUUAUAAAUAAAAUAGGGUAUAAACUCAGGGUAAUUAAUUACCUAACUCAGCAAAUCAUAUUUAAAGAGAAGCUUCGUUAACUCCGACUCGAUUAUCUAAAAAGAUAUCGUUCUUUGACGCUAAAGAGAAUUCAAAUCAUUCUCCUAUUUCACAUUAAUAACAGAAUUAUUUUCCUAAAUCAGCCACAACAUAAUAAUUAACAAAUUAAAAAACACAACAUAAAAUGCUUUAUUCAUAAUUGUAAAUAAAUUCAAACACAAAUCAAAAUAAUCAUAUAAAAAAUAAGAAUUAAUGUGAGAUUGAUUAAAAUGGACAAAGAUCUCCUCCUAAUUUAUCUUAAGGAGCACCUUAAUAAGUGAAAACUUAAACUAAGUAAAAUAUCGAAAUAGACCAAUCUAAAAAAUGUAGAGAUUUUGAAAGAAAAGCCCAUCAUAGAAGAUAAGAUUCAUUAAUGGGAUCUGUUUGUGAAUUCUCUGAUAAUUUAGAACAAGCUAGAAAGAUUCCACCUAAAAUGUAAAUGCAGGCCUCUAAACUUCAAAGCCCAGCAGCUACAAGAAAUUAAAAAAUAAACUAGCAAUUUCUUGUUAUCAAUAGAGACACAGGAGAGAUUUAUGAUUUAAGAAAUCCUGAAAGCACUUAACAACUUGUGGAAAAUACAGUUAAGGCAGAGCAUUUAAAGAAAAAUAAAUUGCCAUGGGAAGAAUGGUGGAAAUAAAAAAAGUAAAAUAAUAUGGAUUUGCUUUUAGCUUCAUAGCAGAAUGACUUUUUGAAGUGCUCAUAAUAUUUACAUGAUUCAAAAGGAGAUCUUAAAGCUGAACCUAAUUUUUGUGAUUUGCAAACAGGAUGGGCUCCAAUUCACUUUGCAUGCUUAAACUGCAAUAUAUAGCUUGUAAAUAAGUUAAUAGUGAACGAAGCAAACAUAAAUUAGGAGACAAAUAAUUAAGUGACUCCUUUGAUGAUAGCUGCUGAAUAAGGAUCAGAAGAAAUUGUCAUUCUAUUAUUAAAAGCUGGAGCUGAAAUAGAUAUGUAGGAUGAGAAUGGGAAUACAGCACUUCAUAUUGCUUGCAUGCUUAGUAAAUCUGCUAUUAUAGAUAUCUUUUUAAAUAGAUUUAAGCCUGAUAUUAGUAUAAAAAAUAAAAGUGGUAAGAGAUGCUUUGAUUAUAUAAAACAUGAUUAAUCUAAAAAAUAUUUUGAUGAUUAUAUGACCAAAAUUACUUCCCCUGUGCACAAAACAAACUCCUCUAAUAGGAUCAAUAUCAUUUAAACAAAUUUUUAAAUAAACAAAAAUUAAAAUUAGCUUAGUGCUUAAGAGGCAGAAAACGCUAAAUUGAAUUCUUUAUUUAAAAUUGUAUAAGAAAAACCUAUUCAAUUUGUUGAAAAAUAAUCAUAAUAAAAAUAAAAUCAAAUAUAAUUAGAAUAAAUUUAGUAAUAAAAUAAUAUUUCCUCAAAUUCUGCAUAAUUAAAUGAAAACAUUUUUGCCUAAAAUUAGCAAUUACAAUAACAAUUAUAAAGAAAUAAUAUAAAAUCUGAAAAUAGUAUUCCUUCUAAAUCACAAAGUAAAUAAAAUAUAUCUAUUGAAACAAUUACUUGUAAUUAAAAUAAGAGAUUAUCUACUUAGUAAAAUAUUGGCAAUACAGAUUUUCUCUCACCAGCUCCUAAGCCUCUGCAAGAAAAGAAAAUUAAAAAUAUCUCAAAUCAAAAAACUCCUUCUCAAAUUACAAUCAAUAAAUUUUAAUAGUAAGUUUCUAAGAAUGGAACUCCUAGAUCAAGGGAACAUUCAAAAAAUGAAAGCUUCUUUCAUAAAAAAGGAUAUUUCGCUCAAGGCAAAGAAAAUGCCCCAAAUAAAAAUACUUUCUUAAAGAGAACAAAACAGCAAUCUCGUCCGAUGAGCACAAAUAAUCCAAAAUCUCUUCAGAAUAUACCUGUUUUAAGCGAAGUGAUUACAACAGCUAACACGACAGUUGCUAAUACUAUAUCUAAUAUAUCUUAAUGUGGAAGUGGUAGUAGCAAAAGCAACUCAAUAUAAUCAAUGGAAUCUAUUUAAAAUUAAGUUAAAACAACAUCCUAAAAUAUUUAAUCAAAAGUUACAAUACACUCUUUUAUAAUUCAUUCCAUGCUUGGUAAAGGCUCUUUUGGUGAUGUCUAUCUUGUUUAAAAGAAAGAUAAUUUACAGUAUUAUGCUAUGAAGGUUCUCUAAAAAAGUAAAAUGAUGAAAAGUAAUGUUAUAAAAUACGCACUUACUGAAAGAAAUGUCUUAUCACUUUCUAAUCAUCCAUUUAUUGUUAAAUUAAAUUAUUCAUUUUAAACUGAAGAAAAAUUGUUUCUAAUACUUGACUUUGCUGCUGGCGGUGAUAUGGGGAAAUUGUUAUAAAAAGUAAAGGUCUUAAGCGAAAAUGAUGCUAGAAUAUACUUAUCAGAAAUUCUACUUUCUUUAGAGUAUCUUCAUAAAAAAGAUAUUAUCUUUAGAGAUUUAAAACCAGAUAACAUAGUAAUUGAUUCAGAAGGACAUGCAUUACUAACUGAUUUUGGUUUAUCAAAAGAAGGAGUACUUGACUACACUGAAGGAGCUAAAUCAUUUUGUGGAUCAAUAGCAUAUUUAGCACCUGAAAUGCUAAAAAGAAGAGGACAUGGUAAAGCAGUAGAUUGGUAUUUAUUUGGUGUAGUUAUGUAUGAGAUGCUUACAGGAAAUCCUCCUUAUUAUGCAAAUACUAAAGAGGAUCUAUUCAAUAAUAUUCAAAAUGCACCUUUAGCACUCCCUAGUUAUUUAUCCUAAGAAGCCAAAUCUCUUCUUACAGCUCUUUUGGAGCGUAAUCCUGAAAUGAGACUAGGAUGUGGAAGAAACGAUGCUAACGAAAUAAAAAAUCACCCAUUCUUUAAAAGCAUAGAUUGGGAUAUGGUUUAUGAAAGAAAAAUUAAAGCACCAGAAGUUUAAUUACUCCAGCUUUAGCUAAACAAUUAUAACUCUGAAUAAUUCAUUGAGACACUAAUUGGAAAUAAUAUCGACAUCAGUCGUGAAAAAUAUAUCUAAGGUUGGUCUUUUGUUGCUAAUAACACUGAAAAAGAAGAUUCAUUACAAGCCUAAACAAGCUGA